AUCAAUCUGUAUUGUUAAUCUGUGCUAUCAGACUUCUGCUGAAAUCAUUGAAAAUAAAAAUAAAUUAACAUAACUUCUAUGAUCGCUCUGAUCAACAGGAAUUUGCGAUGGACAACUAUUGCAGAGUUUGCCUCCGGUCUGAUGAAUUUAAGAAGGUACACCUCACAACCGUAUCACAAAUCGGUGAUAUGCGAAUUGAUGACAUGAUUGUAUACUGUACACAAUUAGAGGUAAAUACAGAAGACAGCCUCCCUCAACAGAUAUGCAUCGAGUGCUUGGCAGCGCUCAAUUCGACGUUUGUAUUUCGAAAGCUGUGUUAUCGUUCAGAUACUACCCUUCGCGAGAUGUUGAAGACGGCAGCCUUUGAACCAUGUCUAGUGCCGGUGCACGACUCAGAUGUACCUCCACUGGUACCAAUUGAUGAUCUGACUGAAAUAACUAUCAAACAGGAUUUCUCGGAACAAGACGAAUGUUUAAACGCAGCUAUAAUGCAAUAUGAAGAAUCUCUAGCGAUAGAUGCAAACGAAGUAUUGCCUUCCCAGGGUCCUGAACAGACAGAAAUAAAGAAAGCUCGACCUAAGAAAAGAUUUGUCUGUGAAUCUUGUGGAUACGAUACACCUUUCGCUAACAACUUCAAUCGGCAUAAAAAAAGACGUCGAGAUUGUGCGUUAGAAGAACAUGCUCGCAUUUUGAGGUCUCAGAGAGAUCUUCUUAGAAAGAAGCUCCGUUUUACGGAAGUGAAAGUUUACUUUUGUGAAGAAUGUGAAUAUAUUACGAAGAAGAAACCAAAUUUGCGACGGCAUCAACAAACGCUUCACCCUUAUUCUGUGAAUGACGCGAUUUCAGAUUAUCUGGAGCAGACCGUACAGAACAUUGACCCGGUAUCGAAUAACUCGAAGGCGUGUUGUGAACCUAAACUCGAACAGGAACCGAAGGAAGCUGACUUCCUAUCGAAUGAUGCGGACGCAUCGCACGGACGGAAAGAGACUGUCCAGAACGAAACCUCACUACCGAAUGAAUUGAAGACAGCCUUUGAAUCAAACGAUGCCAUUAUUCCCGAUGAGAGUGUGUUGAAUGAAUUUGUGAUAAAAACUGGAAAAGGCCGAAUUAUCCAUGUUUGCAAGAAAUGUGGCUAUAACACAAGCAAUAUUAGCAAUCUUACACGACACCAAAAAGUGCGACAGCAUACACAUUUUGGGAAAAUUAAAAUGAAGAUACCUGAGGAUAAAUCACUUGAUUUCAAACGUCAUAUGGCAUCCUGGAAGCAAACCAAUUUCCAGAAACAUUCUUCAAGAAAAAGAGCGGUGAAAGAAUAUAUGUGUCCACAUUGUGGUAAAAUGUGUCCCUCUAGAGUUAGCCUAAGACGCCACAUUACAAGAUGCUGUAGAACUUUGCGCAAAGAAAAGGAUACGGAGAAACAGGCAUCUGAUUUAGAUGCCACUCGAACCGAUCCCUCGGAACAGGAUACAAAUACAUUGGUGGCAAAACCUGAUCCAACAUCAGUACAGAAAUCAUUGAAUAUCGAUAUCGAUCAAACAUUACCGCAAAGUUCCGGACUCUCUUCGUUGGCACAAACGACACAAGAGGAAAUAACCAUCAAACAAGAGAUUUUAGAACUGGACGAUUGUCUGGAUUCAGCGGCGAAUGAAUACAACGAAUCUCUAGCGACAGAUUUAAAUGAAAAAGAAACAACUCCCGAAGAUACUGGCGCGAUGAAAAUUGUUCUUGCUGCUAAGCCACGCAAAACUGAACAGCCGGAUUGUGCACCAGCGAAAAAUCCCGUUUCGGAAAUAAAAAAAAUAAUUUUCCUCAGGAGCAUGAAAGCUCUUUCGAACAACCCAAAGAUGAGAGAUCGGAAAUUUUAUUACUGUGAAGUAUGCGGCUACAAUACAGCGAUGAAAGGAAAUUUUACUAGGCAUCAAAAAGCGCUUCUGCAUCAUUCUCCAGAGAAUGACAAGCAUAGCGGAUCGAAGUACACUGUUCGGUACUAUGCUUCGUUGUUGGAUGAAACGGAGCGAUCGUGUGACGAUCCCAAUACUGCUCAGUGCGCGGAUUCCCAAUUGAAUGAUACGCAUCUGAUCACGGAAUUUGCACUAGAAAAUCCAUCCGCCCAACUGAGAUUGCGCAAGGGCUUCUAUUGUGAGGAUUGUGGCUAUAAGAACUAUUCGCACGGGAACUUUAUUCGACACCAGGCAUCCACGAAGCACACCAAGUCCCACAUAUUCAAUGGGCUUUUCACCAGGCAAAGAGAGUUCAAGCCAAGACACAAACUGUGUCCGCAUUGUGGCGAAAAGUGUGCCAGCAGAGAGACCUUGAAGCGACAUUUGAGAAAAUGUAUAGUGGCAUUGCAAAAAGCAGAUAUGGUGCGCACUGAUGAGUAAGAUAAGGGUCGAUAUAACUGGGUCAAACUCCAGAUCGCGUGAUUUUUUAAUACAGUUGUUUUAAGGUAAAACAUUACUACAACACUGCUUAAAUUAUUUUUUUAUCUUUGUAGGGCAAAUAUUGCCCUACAAGAUCGUCUACAUCGCAUUGCAGAUAGUGUACUGCUGGAAAAUAUAUAAUUUAAACCCACAUGAAUGUUUUAA